AUGAAUUCAAACAUCAUUCAGAAGGACAUUGUGGAGGUGAUUGCAAAUUUACAAAAUCACUGGAACAUACUGGAGGAGGAAUUGAUAGAAAUCAAUAAGGACAUUCAAUACAUGACUCAUUGCUUAAAAAAGUACGGAGAGAGUUUCCGAAUCCCUCUUGAACAUUUGCAAGACUUGAAAGUUUACAAGAAAAACGCAAUGAGGGACAUCAUCGCAACAAUGGAAAGCUUUUCAACGAAUCUAAAUGGAGGACGAGUUCUUUCCAAUACCCUUUCUCAACAUAUUUCAACGUCGGAUUUUGUCAACAGUUCGGGCCGAAGUUGGAGCACGUCAUCCUCACUAGUCAAUCCGCAAGCCCACUAUGCAGGUAUGGUGAGUAGAGGUGAAGUGGUCACUUUGACAGCCAAGAGGAAAGGCAACACACCUAUCCAUUACAAGCUCAUUACCAAAAAACCACAAGGGACAACACUGUAA